AUGGCGCCAAAGCCGUCCAAGAAUAAUCGGUCGCCGAAGACCCCGAAAACCUCCUCAGACAUACCGGAUAUUAAUCCCAGCUCUUCCUUCACCCCGGAGAACUUUGAGAAGGAGCUCAAGGCCCUAGCAGAAAAAGCAAAAGACGAGACCUGGGCGAAACAUGCGAGGGAGCAAGCAUCGGUUUACCUGAAGUCGGCUACAUUGCUGGCUCUCAUCGCCAUCUACUCCAAUGUAUCUGAGCUCACCUUGUCGCCUGUCUAUGGGUCAAUACCAUCGUCGAUAUGGCACUCCAAGCUAGUCAUGGCAGCGUGCUUCGUGGGCUGGUCGUCGAACCUGUUCCUUGGCCGAACACUCCCUGUCAAGCCUCACUUGUUACUUCCGGUCAUCGCCAUUUAUAUCCCGGCUGUCCAGUUCUACCUGUUCAAACUCAGCGGCUUCUUCACCGCCCAAUGGGGCCCCCUCAUAACUGAGACUCUCACCCUCUUCCCCCUCAUCGUUUUUUCCGUGGCCUGCACGGCGAAUCAUCUCGACGGGGCCGAUCUCAGUGUCCUCCCAAGCUGGAUGGCAGAUGCAGCCCCUGGCCUCGGCUCCUAUGGACUCUUUAGAGCGCUCGAGGGUAUAUCCGCGCGGCUUAUUCAGAGUCUUGUGGGGAAGACUUUUCUCUUUACGCGGCUCGGGUUAGAGAUGGUCCUGGCAUCCUGCUACUCGCUAUUCGCCCCGUCAAAGCUGCUGCUCUACGCCAUCCCGGCCUUGCUGCACACUUCGUUCUUCAAUACCCACGUGCAAACUUCACUGGGCACCGCUACCCUGAACAGCACCCUCAACGCCGACGGCUGGGUGCUACUGGACCGGAGGGAGUCGGUGACGGGAUACAUCUCGGUUGUCGAGAGCUUAGAUCAGGGCUUUCGAGUGUUGCGAUGUGACCACAGCCUUUUGGGCGGCGAAUGGGUCAAGUUCAAAGGGGGACAGUUCGCCGGCAACCAGGUCGCGGAGCCCAUAUAUGGCGUCUUUGCGAUGCUCGAGGCCGUCAGGCUGGUCGAAGUCCCAAACCCUGUGCCCGAUAGCAUGGCGAACGCCCUUGUCAUUGGCAUGGGUAUCGGCACUAGUCCAGCUGCGCUCAUCGCACACGGCAUCGACACCACUGUGGUGGAGAUCGACCCCGUCGUGCACGAGUUUGCUCUCAAGUACUUCCAGCUGCCGAAGAACCACAGGUCCGUCAUCGCCGACGCGGUGAGCUACACGGCGGAGCUUGCGAACGGCACCGACGAUAGGUUUGACUACAUCAUCCACGACGUGUUCACGGGCGGUGCAGAGCCCAUCGAGUUGUUCACCCUCGAGUUCCUGCAGAACCUGAACACUAUCCUCAAGCCGAACGGCGUCAUCGCUAUUAACUACGCCGGCGAUUUUGCGCUCCCACCGCCCAUGGUCAUCGUGCAGACCAUCCGCGAGGUGUUCCCGUCGUGCCGCGUCUUCCGCGAGCACCCGCGCGACGAGGAGGCGCUGGAGCGCGACGGCAGCGACUUCACCAACAUGGUCAUCUUCUGCAUAAAGUUCGAGCCCGCGGCGGCCGGCGCCGUCUCGUUCCGCGCCGCGACGCCGGCGGACAUGCUGAACAGCCCGUCGCGCGAGGCGUUCCUCGUGCCGCGGCACGAGGUCGCCGACGCGGACUUCCUCGUCGGCCGCGGCGAGGGCAUCCUGCGGAGGAACGACACGACCAAGCUGGUCAAGUGGCACGAGCAGAGUGCGCUGGGGCAUUGGGCCGUCAUGAGGAGGGUUUUGCCGAAGGAGGUCUGGGAGAAUUGGUGA